CUACAGUAGUCCAGCUGCACCGCGCGCUCUUCGGUAACCCCUGAGCGCUGGUCGCUGGUGUGUGUCUCUCCGCGAUCCGCGUCGCUCGAGGGUCGUUGUGCUUGAGAGAGUUUCUCCCUGCUAUCUUACAACUACAUAAGAGUGGAUUCGACUUGGCUAGUUUGCUCAGCGGCUCAGCUUAGUUUCUCCGUCUGGCCCUUGCGAGUCGCGUAGCAGGGACGCUUUUCCAGGCUGAGAGUCUGCGAGAAACAAUCUUCCUUUUAAUCACGCUCGCGAAACUGUUUCGUGGGUUUCGUUCAGGUUUCGCUCUAUUCGCUGCUGUUGUCGCAAUGGUCGCCCAUCAGGAAUCUUGUGGCGUCGCCGUUGCGGCCGUCGCCGGCUCUGUGCCAAACGGCGUUUCGGCGAAUGGCGUGAUGACGAAAGGAGGGGAGGCUUGCGAAAUCGACGGGGAUUUCGCGAAUGGGGUUACCAUGGCCAACGGUGUCGGGAACUCUGAGAAUGCCUCUGGGGACCUGAAAAAGACGUCUGUGGAAGUCGCAGCAGCAGACAGCAUCGUUUCACCUGCUGCGGUUACCAGCAACGGCAGCGAUUUCGCGAAGCACGGAGCGCAGGCGAACGGUUCUGCUAGUACUGCGGGUGCUACUGCUGCUGCGAAUGGAGUCAGCGAGAACGGGAUCAAGGCGACCGGCGAGGGGGAAGAGGAAGCGGAGGGAGCGGAGGGGGCGGAGGAGGAGGAUUAUGAGGAGGAGGAAGAGGAGUACGAGUAUCCGUUAGUGGCGGAUGAAUCUGAUUCUAUUGAUGCCCGCGACGCGAACACGCCAGACAAGUGGAUCCCCCGCCAUCCCUCUCUCGUGCGUCUUACCGGCAAGCACCCUUUCAACUGCGAGCCGCCGCUCUCCCGCCUCCUGACCUCCGGUUUAGGCUCGGGCUCUGCUUCGGAUGCAGGCUCGGCGUCAGGCUCGAUUUCCGCCUCGCGUUCGGACCCAGCUUCGGGGUUCAUCACUCCCGUGCCUCUUCACUACGUUCGGAACCACGGCUACGUGCCGCGCCUGGAUUCGUCCACGUGGCGCAUCGAGAUCUCCGGUCUAGUCAGCAAGCCGGCCAGCCUGUCAAUGGCGGAUCUGCUCGCGAUGCCUUCCAGGAGGCUUCCGGUGCUGCUAGUGUGCGUGGGAAACAGGCGUAAGGAGCAGAACGCGGUUAAGCAGACGAUCGGGUUCAGCUGGGGAGCGGGAGGCGCGGCGACGACAGUGUGGAAGGGCGUUUUGCUAAGAGACGUACUUAUAAAGUGCGGCGUUCAGCUAAAAGGGAAGAACGCUGGGAAAUUCGUGUGCUUCGAAGGAGCGGAAACGCUGCCUGGAGGAGGAGGGAGUACUUACGGAACUAGUAUGGAGUUAUCGAGGGUAAUGGACCCCGCGAAUGAAGUUUUGCUAGCCUACGAGCAAAACGGGCAGGUUCUUUCGCCCGACCACGGGUUCCCCAUCAGGGUAAUUAUCCCUGGAUUUAUCGGCGGGCGGAUGGUCAAGUGGCUGAAAAAAGUGGAGGUUACCCGAGGAGAGUCCCAAAACUACUACCAUUUUCACGAUAACCGUGUGCUGCCUUCACACGUGGACGCGGAAACGGCUGCUAGGGACGGGUGGUGGCGCAAAAAGGAGUAUAUUUGCAACGAGCUGGCGAUUAACUCUGCCAUAGUUAGUCCGGACCACGGGGAUGUGGUGGCGUUGGAGGGCGGCGCGGGGAUGCAGCAGCUGACCUUGAAGGGGUAUGCAUACUCGGGGGCGGCAGGAAAGUGACACGUGUCGAGAUCACAUUGGACGGAGGGAACACGUGGCGGCUGUGUGACAUCACCCACCCCAGCCCGCCCACGCGCCACGGCAAGCACUGGACGUGGAGCCUGUGGGCGACAGCAGUGCCUGUGGUGGAUCUUGUAGGGGUGAAGGAAGUGGCCGUGCGGGCGUGGGACGAGGCCACCAACACACAGCCGGAUAAGCUGACGUGGAAUGUUAUGGGCAUGAUGAACAACUGCUGGUUCCGAGUCCGAGUCACCCCCACAGUCACAGCAGCCGGCUCCAUCGGCCUCCAGUUCGUUCACCCCACUCGCCCCGGCAACCUUCAGGGAGGAUGGAUGUACGACAGCCCAGGGGAAAGCCCAGGUGGAGCAGUCGGAGCCACCGCAGUCGCUGCAGGAGCAGCAGCAGGAGGGGGUGUGGCGCAUGGGGGGUCGUCUGCUGCAGUGCUCAAGUCAGCAGACCUGUCUGCUGCCUCCCAGAAGCUUCCUUCGCUGAAACCGUCUUCCUCUCCUUCCGCUUCGGCAGCAGCAGGUUCGGCGGCUGGUUCGGCAGUGCCGUCUGGCUCGUCCGGUCGGAAGAUAUUGAUGGCUGAGAUCGAGCAGCACGCAGACGAAUCCUCACCGUGGAUCGUGGUGCAUGGGCGGGUGUAUGACUGCACCAAGUUUCUCAAGGAUCACCCGGGGGGGAGUGAGAGCAUCACCAUCAAUGCUGGCACGGACGUAACGGAGGAGUUUGACGCGAUACACUCAGAGAAGGCUAAGAAGAUGCUGGAGGAGUAUUAUAUUGGGGAUGUGGCAGAGGAGGGUGAGGAGGAGGGAACGGUUAUGGGGGCUGCUGCAGAUACUGCUGCUGCCACUGCUGCCCCUCCUGCUCCUGCUCCUGCCCCUGCUCCCCAUGCUGCUGCUGCUGCUGCUGCUGCUGCUGCUGCUUCUGCAACGCCUGUUCCGGCCCCUCUCGCUGCCUCUCCCACCCCUCUCCAUCCCACCACCCUCGACCCAAAGAAGCGAAUCCCCGUGCCCCUCCUCUCAAAGCUCGCCCUCUCCCCCGAUGUCCGCCGCUUCCGCUUCGCCCUCCCCUCGCCCAACCACAUCCUUGGCCUCCCAGUCGGCAAGCACUUGUUUGUUUGCGCCAAAGUGGACGGCAAGCUGGUGAUGCGGGCGUACACGCCGACCACCUCGGAUGAGGAUGGGGUCGGGUAUUUCGACCUGGUGGUUAAGAUUUAUUUCAAGGGCGUUGUGCCGCAGUUUCCGGACGGCGGCGUUAUGUCACAGCACCUAGAGUCACUUUCGAUCGGUGAUACUAUCGAGAUCAAGGGGCCCUUGGGGCAUAUUGAGUACCUUGGGAGAGGAAAGUUCUCGGUAAGUGGGGAGGAGAAGCAGGCGAAGAAACUGGGGAUGCUGGCGGGCGGCACGGGGAUUACCCCCAUUUAUCAGGUGGCAAAAGCGAUUCUAGCCGAUCCUGAGGAUAAGACGGAGAUGUGGGUGCUGUUUGGGAACAGGACUGUAGCUGACGUGCUGCUACAAGACGAAAUGGACCGGUGGGCUGAACAGUACCCUGAUCGGUUCCAUGUUUGGUACACUGUGGGGGGAACCUGUGCCUGAAGGGUGGAAGUAUGGGGUCGGGUUUGUGACUGCUGAGAUGGCCAAUGAGAGGCUGCCGUGUGGCGGGGAGGACAGCCUGGCGCUGAUGUGUGGCCCUCCGCCUAUGAUUAGGGCGAUGACGCCUCUGCUGGAGGGGAUGGGGUACUCUACUGAUCGCAUGUUGACGUUUUGAGAUGCUUAGUAUCGCAUGUCAAUGUUCCAUUUCCCUUUCCAUCUUGCUUCUUGUAAUUUAAUAAAAUAUACGAAGUGUGUGCUUCCUCAUAUAUGCCAUAUCAUAUGUAUCAAUAAAGCACGAGUUUGUGG